UUAUUAUUAUUCACCAUUCCCACUCCAUGAAGCCUUCUCUCUGUCCCUCAAAACCAUCAUUCACCUAUAUAGCUUUCUCAUAGAUACAUAGAUCUUUAUCACACUUCAUCAUAAACUCAAGGCCUCAAGGGCUAGCUCACACCCCAUUAUAUCACCACUUGCAUUGGGUUUGUGGCAAAUGAGGAAACCUGAUAUGAUGGGAAAAGAUAACAAAAUGAACAACAACAACAACAUUAAGAGUAAGCUAAGGAAAGGGUUGUGGUCACCUGAGGAAGAUGAGAAGCUGAUAAGGUACAUGAUCACUAAGGGACAAGGGUGUUGGAGUGACAUUGCUAGGAAUGCUGGCCUUCAAAGGUGUGGCAAAAGUUGUCGUCUUCGUUGGAUUAACUACUUGAGACCUGACCUCAAACGUGGUGCAUUCUCACCCCAAGAGGAAGAACUCAUCAUUCACUUGCACUCCAUUCUUGGCAACAGAUGGUCUCAGAUCGCUGCACGUCUCCCUGGUCGCACAGACAAUGAGAUAAAGAAUUUCUGGAACUCCACUCUCAAGAAAAGGUUGAAAAUCAACAACUCAACUUCAUCACCAAACAACAGUGACUCAUCAGAGCCUAGAGAUCAUGUCAUGGCUGGGAUCAUGCCCAUGAACAACGAGCAUGACCUCAUGACCAUGUGCAUGGACUCCUCCUCCUCAACAUCAUCAUCAUCCAUGCAUGCCAACAACAUGGUUUUACCCGACCAAUUUGACCCCUUUCCCUUGUUGUCCAACCGUUAUGACAUGACCGGUGCAGCCGGUUACCUUGACAACAUGGCUUCUGCAUGCUUAACCCAAGUUGGUAUGACACAUGAUCAUGAUGGGGUUCAUGGUGGUUAUUAUGGGACAAUGUUGGAGCCUAAUAAAACGGGGUUAGAAAACGACUUUUCCCUUCCUCCACUAGAAAGUACAAGCAUUGAGGACAAUAGUAAUAGCACCCCAAUUGAUGUGAAAAGCCAUAACAACCACCAGUUCAAGAAUAUUAGUUGCUUCAAUAACACUAUUCAAAGCCCCAACAACGUAGUUGUAGAGGACUUGUUUGGGUUUGCAAAUCAUGGCCAAGGGGAAAACUUUAGAAUGGGAGAAUGGGACUUUGAGGGCUUGAUGCAAGACAUUUCCUAUUUUCCUUCUCUUGAUUUCCAAGUUUAAGUGAGUGUUUGAAUACAAAAAUAAAAAAUAAAAAAAACGUGAUAGUUAACCCUUCUACGUUAACAUGAUAUUGAUCAUAUCAUGUUGAUGUUCUUCCAAACACACCUUAAAUAUCGGUCAUCUCGUCUUUUAUUUCCAAUUCUAAUUCUUUCUAUCUCUCUCUUCCUCCUUCCAUUUUUUCAAUUCUUUCAGAAAGAAUUGUGCAAAGAGUGUGUGUUAAGGAUGCUGGUUAAAAAAUCAACAAUAGUUUUUUAUUAAUGAAAAAAGAAUAUGAUAUAAAUGCAUUAGAAAUUGUGUAAAAGUGAUAUGCUGAUAACAUUUUAAUCUUUUCACAAAUUUUUCUACUUAUAAUUUUUUAACCAGUACCUUACAAAUACUUGUUUGCAGUCUAGCUACUUCCACAAUAAUACUUGUUAUUAUCUUCAUCUUCUUGUUACUCAUUGUUUCUUCUUUUUCAUGUUUUGCAAAAAUUGUAACCCAAUUGUCAAUUGUGCUAGAUUUAGGGUGGGCCUAGGAUAUUUCUUGAGUUGUUUGUGCCCUGGGCUGUUUCUUGUGAAGUAUAUUUCAUGUCAUUUUCAGGGAAUAGGUUGGUGCAAUUAUCGUCAAAGAGAAAUGUGAAUAGUCAUCAUUUAGAAUGCGAAGAGCAAAAUAAAGCUUAGUUUAAACUGUAUCUGUAUGUAGCAUAUAUAAUGUGUAUAACUCAAGGAAUAAUGUGGAGUUGCAAGUUGUUAUUUAGUGCUAGAUAAUAUAUAGAUCUAGCAAGAAGAUGUAAACACACCACUAAGUAUCAACUUUGAAAUUCAUUCACCUCUUUCCCCUC